ACGCCCAUUCGACUCCCCGGUUGUGCUCAGUUGUUGCCUUUAAGCUCCUCUGUGUGGACUGAACGGGUUCAACAUGGCAUCCCAGCAGCUCUAUCUGAGGUUCAUGGGGGUGGUUGUACUGCUGACACUGCUGGCUCUUAAAGAAGCAUCCAGUGACAGCAACAGUUUGCACAAGAUCUUCAAAAAAAGAGAUGUUGCAGGAGCCGGAGCUGGCCCCCCCAAGGUUUCUGUUGCAGUCCCUCCUUCCAAAGCUCAGGAAUUCCUGGCAAAGCUGAGCAGAACCAAGAGGAACGUUUGGGAUCGCAGUCGACCAGAUGUACAGCAGUGGAUUCAGCAGUUUAUGUACAUGGGCUUUGAUGAGCAGAGGCUGGAGGCCGACCUGUCCUAUUGGAUGGACCACGCACGAGCCAAUGACCAGGGCAGGCAGCACCACUACGACGAAAACUCCCCCAUCGGCCCACGUGACCCUAACGCCUACAGACAUGGAGCCAACGUCAACUACGACUACUAUUAAAUCCUCUGACUUCUCCUUGUAGAUUUAUAUCUGCCUUGCAAGUGUCAAGUACUCCACUUCUGACUAAUCCGCCUUCCUUUACCCUGAUAAACAGCCGAUCUUAAAUGCAACGUUGUAACCCAUUCUAAUCUCAUCAACCUGCUUUACAAGUGAAAUUUUGAGGCAGCUGAUUUGUAUGUAUGACUGAUAGAUUUUAAAGCAUUGGCUCUUAUUAUGCAAAAAAUACUGUAAAUAAACUUGGCUCUGUACUGCU